UCGCUGACCCCCACUGCAGUCCGCAUCGUGCGCUGAUCAAGAACGGAAGAUGAGUAGUCGGAGUCCCAUUUCCACAUCCACCUGCGUGUGCCUGCAGCUCCUGGUGCUGCUUCCGCUGCUGGCAGUUGAGGCAACACCGGCCAUAAGUCCGCAGUCGCAGCGCGGCAUCAUCUUUCCCAAGGAUUCCUUCGAUGAGUGCUACCUGGACGAGUUCCGUAGGACGAAGGGCAGUUGCCGGCGCAUGGAGGACUGUCCCAGCGCUUUAAAGGGAUGGCUAGAUAGACGCGAAUCGCCCAAGACCUGCUACUUUGUGCGAUUCGAUCACUUUGUGUGCUGCAAGCCAGAGGAUCCGAUUGCCACCGAGGUGCCGCCCACGCUGCCACCCACCCGCAAUCCCUUCGUAGCACCACUGGUCGUACGAUCCAGUCUGCAGGCCUGCUACGACUUGAACAAUGUCAAGAAGAUCAACGAGAACGACUUGACCUUCGUGGUCUCGGUUGUGGGCGGCAUGCCCACCCGUCCGCGGGAAUUCCCCUUCAUGGCGGCGCUCGGCUGGCGCUCCAACUUCGAUCAGCGGAUAUAUUAUCGAUGCGGCGGCGCCCUGAUCGCCAACAACUUUGUUCUGACGGCGGCCCACUGUGCCGACUUGGGCGGUGAGCCGCCCAGCCAGGUUCGCCUCGGUGGCGACAAUCUGACCCUGGCCGAGGGCGAGGAUCUGCUCAUCCGCCGGGUGAUCGUCCAUCCGGAAUACGAUGCCACCACCGCCUACAACGACAUUGCGCUGCUGGAGCUGGAAACGGCGGCCAAGCCGGAACUGAAGCCCACCUGCAUUUGGGCCGAAAAGGAGGUGGCCAACUCGCUGGUCACGGCCAUUGGCUAUGGCCAGACCAGCUUCGCCGGCCUCUCGUCCGCCCAGCUGCUGAAGGUGCCGCUAAAGAGCGUGAGCAACGAGGAGUGCCAGGUGCACUACCAGGUGGAUCAGCUGGCCGAGGGACUGAAGGGCACGCAGAUGUGUGCCGGCGAUAUAAGCGGCGAGCGGGAUACGUGCCAGGGCGAUUCCGGCGGACCGCUGCUCAUGCAGGACGGACCACUGGGCUAUGUGGUGGGCAUCACGUCGCUGGGACAGGGAUGCGCCAGUGGGCCGCCGUCGGUGUACACCAGGGUCUCCAGUUUCGUCGACUGGAUCGAAGGCAUUGUGUGGCCGCCGCAGCAGGAGGCGGUUUCCUCGAAGCCCAUCGAGGCUACUGGUCCCGAUUUCGAUCUAAGAGCGAUGAUCUGAGCAUCUGAGAUUUUAUUUUCGAUAGAAGAAAAGCUUUGUGAAUAUACAAAACUUGGGCUUAACAGAAGGACAUUUAAGGAUGCAAGCUGGUAAUUGUAUUUUUUAGAAGAAGACAUUAUUUGUUUUAUAAAAUGUCUACUAUAACAAAU